CAGGCGCGCGUUCGAACAUCAGAAAAUAUUUACAUGUGUCGUUACGUGUCAUUUCAACAGCGAAGACUACGUGCAGCUCACAGUACUGCUUCUGGUCCCAGAGAUAAUCCACUUUCAGACCGGAUUCUUUGGUGUUGAGCAGGAUCAAGCUGACGAGAUGGAACUUUGUGUUGCUGCAGUGCUUUUGUCCUACUUCGCUCCAGCUUUGGGAUCAGCUUUUGGCAGGGAAAUGCCAGCUUCUCAAAUGGAUGAAAUUCAUGAAUACGACAAGCCAUUUCAUUAUGAUUAUGAAUCUCUGAGGAUCGGUGGUAUGAUCUUUGCUGUGAUUCUCUUCUUGAUGGGGAUCUUCCUCAUUGUCAGUCGGAAAUGCCGCUGCAAAGGGAACAAGUCAAAGCCAGUGGGUAUUGACACGGAGGCAGCCAGAGGUGCAAAAUAAAGUAAGCUGAGGGAACAGAGAAAAAGAAAGCAUGGCCUCUUAAGGAGAAAUCUUAAUCAGAACUUUGACCAUUUGGAAGAAGAAAGUCACUUGAGGAUUUAGUUCUUCUAGUGUUCACAGUUUUUAAAUUUGUAUGCUUUUGUCUCUGGGUACAUGAGAGAAUGAGUGCUUCUUUUUAAAAGGAGAAGUUUUAGAAAUAUUGAUUUAAGUGUUGAUUAUCAGCUAGAACUACUUUGACAAUGUUUAACUAAGCAGCUGAUACCUUUGAGAUUUCCCUCCACUUUUUGUCAUGUACUUUUCAAGCUCUCUGUGAAGUUUAUUAAAUACAUGGUGUUGGGUAGUAUGUGUAAGUGCCCGGUAGCUAAAAGUAGAAAGUAGGCAUUUUAUAUAUUUUGUAAAUUGUCCACACAGUUUUGUCACGUCGCAGAAGUAACCAAACAAACUGUAUACUGUAGUUGAAAAAUAAAAAUAAAGUGAUUUCCAUGGAA